ACGCCUCACUUUCGUGACGUGACUGCAUGGACUGGGUUUACCCAAUAUCCCAUGUGCACAUCGCGCGUUUGUUUUUGCACAUGGUUCUCGCAUUGACACACCGAAUAUUUUUCUACUCAUUUUGAACCCCAAAUCCCACAGCAAAAACAUGGGUAUCACCGACCUCUUUUUCUACCCGGACUAUUACGGGUUAGUGAAGACAUUUUUGACAGAGAUGCCGGAGUAUUAUCGCACAGAGCCGAUUCAUCCAGACGGAUUUCUCGGUGAAGUGCGGACGUACUGUGAAGCAAAAUGGAGCGAUCUGUUUCUGGUUGUGAUUUUGGCCAUCACGUGGACGAUGCUUCGUUAUCUACUCACGAUGUGUGUGUUCAAGCCAACCGCCACAGCCUACAACCUCACCAAGGGCAACAUCAACAAGAUGGCGGAAAGUGCCUGGCGCAUGUUUUUCUACAUUACCUCCUGGUCCUACGUCGCCUAUGUGGUCUUUCAAUCAGAAUUUGACAUCUUCGGCGACCCACCGUCUGUUUUCAAAGGAUGGGCACCAGGCAUGGUGGUCCCACCCCUCAUCUACUGGGCCUAUGCAAUCCAGUGCAGCUUCUAUCUACACUGUUUCUUUGCCACCAUUUUCCUGGACGUCUGGCGAUCGGACUCGAUUAUGCUCAUCGUUCACCAUGUACUCACCCUCAGCCUCAUAAGUUUCUCAUACGCAUCCAGGUAUCAUAACGUGGGCAUGUUGGUCCUUUUCUGUCACGAUUUCUGCGAUAUCUGUCUGGAGUUCUCCAAGAUCAACAUUUACUUCAAGAUCAGAGGCGACGGUUCGUUUCACAGAAUCCACGAUUUUGGCGCCAACGUUGGCUUUGUGUUCUUCUCAUCGUCUUGGCUCCUGUUGCGCAUGUACUGGUUUCCCCUGAAAGUCCUGUACUCCAUUCUGCCCUCGACGGCCAAGGUCUACUACGAGGGCCACUUACCGUUUGGCCUGGAGUUCAAUGUCAUGCUCUGGCUGCUCUUUGGCAUGGACGUCUACUGGUUCUCUUUCAUUAUUCUCUUCCUGGUGAGGAUAUUGACGGGUUCCAUGAAGGAGCUGGAAGACAUCCGGGAGGAGACGGACGAAGAGGUGGUGAAAUUAAAAAAGGAGAAGGAACUCAAGGAGCAGCAAAAGAAGGAAGGCGGGGAGAACACGGACCAAGCCUGCAACGGUGUUGUGGAGGGUAACAUCAAGAACGGCGACAGCGUGAAACAGCGGCGCAAAAACCCGGACGAGAAUGGCAAGGAUGGCCACUAGAGGGGGCCGACACAGCAAGUGAUUUAUUCGGGUGCACAAAACAACUGUGUGCAGAAUCCGCUGUAGUGUGCAGUGUUUCAAAUACAAUAUGUAGCGCAUAAUUUCUUUUCAGAUUUGGGCGCACAAAACCUAUUAGGGUUCAGGGCAAAACUAAUUCUCCCUAGAACUUUUUCCCCCAUUUAAAUUUAGAUUAGAUGCCUUCCAAUAAUGGAGUGGGAUGAUCAGAUUAAACUCUUUUUUUUUAAAACUUAGGUUUUCAAGUUUGUAUCUCGUCAAGCCCUCUCGGUUAAUUUUCCGGUUGUUCUUCAAAUAUUUUCAGAAAUCGUUGAUCAUGGGAUAUAUUUUUGCAAGUAUCAGAAAUUACCGAGGUUCGUGUGGAUUUUUGCUUUGGUGCAGAGUGGAGUGUGUAUGGCAUUGUGAUUGAAAAAAUAAUUGGAGUAUUGAUUGAAGAAAAAUCUUUGUCCUGAUCUAUGUAAAAAAAGAAAAAAGAAAAAAAAACUAAAAAUUUUUUAUACAUAUUUAUGACCAUGAAUUUGAAGAUGUGAUUUGUAAUUUUCAAAGAGUGAUGUAAUAAGGUGUGUAUUCUAAUCAUCAAAUGUAAGCGUUCGAAAGGAAUUGUCGUAUUGCUCAGCGAUGAGCUCGGGUCUGUAUUUUGGCACCAUCUACAGGCAGUGACAGGUAUCAGUGUUGUGGUCGAGUCCGUCACAAGUCCCUGCAAGUCCGUCACAAGUCCUUCAGUCUCAAGUCAAGUCACUGUCAGUCAACGAACUGUAACAAUAGCAUUCCUUUGUCAUUGUUCAUCUCGUUAUUUGUGACUGGACGCAUGAUAGGACUUGUGACUAGACUUGCGAAAAGACUGGUGAAAGGACUUGUGAAAGGACUUGUGAUGGACUCAACUCCAACACUGACAGGAAUAGCAUGCACAUUUUAUUAUUUUGUAUACAUGUAUCUCCCUUUCUUAGAUUUAUUGGACUACGUGUACCUCAACACAAAUUCAAACGCACCUGCAUUUUUUUCAACACCUUCUCGUAUUACAAGAGACUAUUACUAUUCUGUGAGCAGUUGAGGGAAACGUUUGGGGCCAAUCUCAAAAGGCUUCUAAUCAGAUUUACAAAGAAAUUUACUUGCCAAACCAAAUCAGCAAGAAAACCUAGUCUCCACUACAGCAGGUUAGUUGGCACCUGCUCAUACAGGCAAGUCAAUUAUCUGGGCUCAGUUUCACGACUCGGUUAUCCACAGAAUUUUUGCACAUACGAUCACCAUUCCGAGCUUAGAAGCGCUAGUGCGAAAAUUCUGAGCUGGCCCUGUAAGUACAGAAUCCUUAUGCAUGUGCACAAGUACAAAUGACUUGCUAAUCCGUUAAAUGUGCUUACUAUUAAACACAGAAAAUGUCUGCUAUAGUUAGCGGGGUUUCUUCGCUUAGAGUGAGCAGAGCCAUGGAAUUGGGCUUUGCUUAGUUGCUUACUGUUAUCAGAUUAUAUUCAGUGCCAAAUUUUCACAGCUCUACUCACUGUUAGCCGAAAAUCCCUGCUUACUACAGCCGAAAAUGCCAUGUUUAUGGUUAGCAUAUUUCUAAAGUUAGCAAGGAAUAUUGGCUUGUUCGCAUACCUAUAUUCCAUAAUUAACGAUUAAGUGCUUACAGGGUUAGCGCGAAAUCUUUCUGCUUGUCCUGUAAGUACGGAAUGGGAACUUUAAGCGCGGAAUUUUGUGGUUAGCAGAGCAAUGACAUUGGGUCCCAGACUCGGACCAACGUUGUAUGAAUAAUAAUGGACAUACCGGUAUACGUAUUGAACCAAGUGGCAUUACUGGUGUAGCUAGUGUUGGCAUGAAUACAGACGACAGUCUCAUGCAUAGUUGUGUUGUCGUUCGAUUUGAGUAUAUUUGGUGCAUGUGCCUCGACUAGCUUUGCCGACGUAGUUCGUCAAUUUCUUCUAAUUCCGUAUGUUUUUAUGACAUUUUUGUUGAUUUGUCAUUCAUGACCAAUCAUGAACAGGAUCAUUCCUUCGAUAUCGAAGGCAGUCCUGCCAUUAUUAUCAUUCAUGUGACUGAAUUGUAAAGUUUGAAUUGUGUAACAUUGUGGCAUUUUGUUUUGGGGAUGAUUGCGGCAGUUUCUGUUUAUUUUUUUUGUGAACUGCACAUGACUUUAAGCAUUGGCACCUGGCCACAUCAUCAGUAGUAAGCUAUGGCACGUGAUAAUAAACUGGGCCAGUUUCACAAUUUCUGAGGUUGCAAAAUGCUGAUGUAUUAAGGCCGGUUCAUACUUCAGGCGAGUGUCGGUGCGAAGUGAAUUCGUGAGGGGAGGGUAAUGACGAACAUCGAAAAGAAACUUCAGUUGUUGAUGUCAUAGAAUUUGCCUCACUUCCGCCUUGGCAUGAAGUAUGAACAGGACUUGAGGCUGCAUCCUAAUGACUUGGCUGUGGUCAUAACAACACAGCGGAAGUGGCCAAAUCAAGUUCCCAUUGAAACGCGUGUUAUUUCUAGCCGUAGCCAAGUCAUUUUGAUGGCAAUAGAGUACCGAAGGCUGCCGUCAGGUGUGUUUGUUUCGGUUCAUGCACUGGUAUGCGCACUGGUGUCUUCACAUACCUAAGCUGUGCACGUAAACCAAAAUGCGCAGCACGCUUCAGUACUCAGUGGUGAAGAAUGGUGAUGAACUGGCCUUAAAACUGAUUAACCAAUUAAGUUGGGCCACAUGUUACGCUCAUAGGCCUGCUUGUAUAAUAUUGUGCAUAAAAUGCUUGCUAUAAAAAGCGUAAAAAAUGUACAUGUAUGCUAACAAAGCGAUGAAUUUACAUACUUUCUUCUUUUUUUCUUCUAUCUGUCAAAAGCGCCUUAUAUUGUUCAACAGUAAAACAGAUAGUUUUGCUUUUUUUUUACGUCAGAUUAUGUCUGGUAGGUUUUUAUUUGGUGGCUUUGUUUUGGGGAUGAAUGAGGCAGUCCGUAUGCACUUUGUUAAUUUGGAUUGACUGCUCAUGACCUGAGCAAUAAAGCUGCAUUCUAAUUGUAAAAAAAAAAAAUAGUUUAAAAGUAAAGAUAAGGAAUGUUCAGAUUUUGCAUGACAUAUCUGUCGCAGAAAUAUGUAAUGGGCAAAAUAAAAAAAUUGGUUACCUGAAUGCAGUGAAAUGUGUUCAUUUCCAAGCAAAACAGCCUACCCCUUCACAAAUGAAGGAAUUUUAAUAUAAACAAAAACUCACCCAAAAGCAAAUUUUGUUUCCAAUUAAAUAUGUCAGAUAGACUUUCAGAAAUAUCACAAUAAGGUUUUAUACGAAAAGUAUGUGGCAAUCUGCUUCCACCGUAUCCUGAAAGCAUAUCAGGUUUAGUAUGUACAAUGAAGUAGUGUGUUUGGAAAUAAAACAUUUUAGAGCUGUACAAAUAAUAUUAAACAAAUAAUUAAAAAAACACUGUUUUUUUCUUCUUUAUUAUAAAGGUGGUAGUACUUUUGUGUAGUAAAUUAACAAUGGGGUUUCAUUUUCAAGGUGAAUUGGUAUUACAUCUUCUCAUUUGUGAGUGUAUUCUAAUUUCUAUAAUUGCGUUACUGUACUUGCUACGCACUGCUUCUCCCAAAAUCUGUCGUUGUCUGCAAAAAAAAAAAAAGCUCAUCAUUUGAAGGCUUGACAUUGUAGUAAAAACUGCCUUAAAGUGAAAAUACCUGUCAUUGAAACGGCUGAUUUGGGCGUGGUAUUGUUUCUGUGCAAGACGCUUCUAUAAUGGCACACCCAACUCAUUCUUUUGUACAUAAAUUUAUAGGCAGGCAAUUAAUAUGCAGUUAUGCAAAUAAGCUUGAAUAAGUGUAAAAAGUCAGGAAGCUGGGUCAAAAGGGUGAAAAGAGUACAAUAACGAACAGGAAUAAAGACUUGUGCGUUUGAUUUAGACUAAAUAAAAUGUACAUGCCAAGGGCAACCAUUCAGAUUUUUAUGAUGUAACAAGUGUUGUCACUGGAUUUUUUUAAUCAACAAAAAGAAAUUGUACUAUUCCACACAAAGUAUGGCAGUACAUUGGCAAUUUCGUCUUUGUAAAUAUUUUUGAUACCCAUGUGUCAUUGUCUUAUGAUAGGUUGCAGAUCAGUGUAACCAUUUUCUGAGGAGAUAAGUACCCUCUUGAUGCUGAGUGAUGACCCUUAGUCUGUUCCAUCUGGCACUAAAACCAUGCUCGCAUUGGACUUUUAUUUGUAAAACCAACAGAGACUGAUGUUUACUUUACCGAGACUGUAGUCAACUUAACCAAAAAAUUGGUAAACUUCCCAAAUUGUCAAGUGUCGAUUGUAAGAUUUACCAUCUGCAGCAGUAAGUUUUACAGGGCCAACUGGGUCGUGGAAGAAUUACAUUGUAACUUUGACAUCACUGAAAUGUCCCGUGCGGACGCCAAUGCCAUGUCAAACAUACGUUUUAGUCAUGUGUCUUGCAUGUGGGUCACCAAUAUUUACCUCUGUAAUUCACAUGUGUGCCAUUUAAUAUAGGCCUACAUACUUCACGUGAGAUUCUACUGUAUUUCUGUGAUAUUAUUUGGUGCAUUUUUCCACAACCGCACCGGUCGUUAGGUUAAAAUGUCAGUCACAGGGGGCCCUCAUAAGAUUUGUAAAAGAGCAUGGUACAGUAAAGUGAAAUGGAUAACUUUGUGCAGGCAAACAAUGGAAUAUUGAUAAUCCCUCGCGGUAACUUUUUACAAAGUCCAAUGCGAACGUGGCUUAAGUCUAGUUCCCUGUUCCAUGGCUUUGGGAACAGGGGUGGUGUGCAAUAGUAGGAAUUGGAUCACGGUCCCUUACUAUUGUGGCAAAAUUUGGCAGUUUUGGAUUGGGCUAAUCAUGUCUAUGUUAAAAACAGAAGCUGCUAGCCAGUUCAUUUGGAAAGCAGCCUUCCUAGCUUUACCCUUUCACUGGUUCCCCCAUGCAUAAACCCAAGUCACUGACGGCAUGCUUGGUACCAGUGGUACAUGUAAUUAUUUGGAAAGCAGUGACACUUUUGAGCCUUAUUGAGUGUGUGCAUCAUUUGAAUCUUGUGCAGGUUCUUGAAGGGGUAAAAAAGGAGGCAAUUCUUGUAUCCCCAAUUAAGAUUGCUGAGCGUGCUGAGGAAAAGGUGUCCAUGAAGGUGCUUGUUUCUUUUAAAAUAAAUUAAUAAAUGAUUUUCUAACGUAGCACUAGAUCAUAGUAUUCCACAUCGUGAAUUUAUAGUUUAUCGGUAACUUAAAAGGGAAAUUGACAGCAUAAAGCAUGCGUGUGAUCAGUAAUCAUGAUGACUUUGUUAUCAGUUGUAACGAGGUAUGCUCAUUUAAUUGUUUCCUUUGUAGGGUAAUUGUGUGCUUUAAAAGGCUGUCUUCCUCAUACCUGACCUACGUAUAAAUGUAUUUAACAUGGAAUGGAGUAGUUAACUUUGAACAAUUUUGGGGAGAUGCAUCAAGAAAGCAACUUUGUAGCAGUCUUCAAUGCAUCUUUCCUGGAUUUUCCUUCAUUUUUGAGGGUGAUAUUCACAGUUGAUUUUAACGGGUACAUUAUGUCCUCUCGUCAGUUAAAAGUCCGGCUUUCUUUUCAAUUGUAGGGUUUUUGAAAGCACUCAUUUAUUUUGUGUGUUUUUGGAAAAUACAUCAUUUCAAUGUUUUGAUUGCAUAGCAGCCUGGAAUGUUUGAAAGAUGCACAAAAGGAGUGACCAGCCUAACUUUCUAGAUUUAGACAAUGUGGAUUAAGUAAUUAUAGCUCUUUGAUUUUGUUCUAAUAAUUUCUAGUGUGUUUAAGUGUAAUUACUCAUUGUAAUAAAAGUAACGGAUAAUAGAUAUUGUA